CAUCCAUGUGUUUGAGUUCUUGUACCGAUCACGCUUUGGAGAGCGAGAGGCCGUUAGAUUUAAUAGGAGAAAAUGACAAAGACCAAGAAGGAGAAGCAAGCGACGGAGGAGGAGGCGACUGGGACAGAGAAGUCUUACCAAGAGUUAAUCGCUAAUAUUAACCCAAUUGCGCAGCCUUUAGCCUCAAGGAAACUGAGUAAAAAGCUGUACAAAUGCGUGAAGAAAGCUGCUAAACUGAAGCGGAUCCGCAGAGGGGUGAAGGAGGUUCAGAAGUUCAUAAACAAGGGAGAGAAAGGGAUUGUGGUCCUUGCGGGAGACACACUGCCCAUCGAUGUUUACUGCCACUUGCCCAUCAUGUGUGAGGACAGGAGCUUGCCCUAUGCGUACAUACCCUCUAAAGUGGACCUAGGCUCAUCAGCUGGCUCCAAACGACCCACCUGUGUGAUCAUGAUAAAGCCCCACGAAGAUUAUCAGGAGGCAUACAAUGAGUGUUCGGAAGAGGUGUCAGCCCUGCCCAAACCCAUUUGAGCAUGGACAUAGACAGUUCUGGCUGAUCUGGCGUGAACUCCUGAACAUUCAGUGAAGAAUUUUGAGAGUCAUCCACAUAACAGCAGGUUUUGGUAUUGGCCCUCAUCUAUCCUCCAUCUGAUGGUCCAUUCCUUCAUCUUUCUGGCUUUUAUAUUCUUCAUUUCUUGACCAAAGAUAAGUGCAUCCAUCCACUCUCUGGGGACCAUCAAGAGCAAUCUUCAUUUCACUGUGCCUUCUGUUGAAAUGCACAGUAAACUUUAAUUUUUUUUUUUUCCCCCCAGUGGGAAAUUAUACAGUGGAGAAGCAAUUUUUCUUUUAUAGACCCUACAGUAGCCCUCAUAUUAACCACUAGAAAAGAUGUUAAUAGUGGGGAUGUGUCUUAUCUACUGUUACUUCAUGACCAUUUGUUCAGAUAUUUUUGUAGUUUAAAAAGUUGUUAGCAGUGUGAUUAAAUACCUUUGGAUUUUUUCCUAAUUUGAAGUUCUAAUUAAAGAUAUCCCUUACCUAUUUAAGUCAUCAUGCCAUUU